AUGGAAUUCCUAUCGUCAGAUAGCGAAGACUCGGAUAAAGGUUCAAUGGUUAUAGUCAGGCCAGAAGACGUAACCAAUGUUGUUCCCACUUAUUAUGAAAAAGUAAAUGAGAAUCAAUACCUGAAAAAAUCAUCUAAUAUUGGUGAAGCUAAACAAGUUUCUUUUGGAGAAAAAGUAUUUGAUAGGGCCAACUUGGACAAAUCAAUGAUUAUUGGUGGAGAAAAAGAAAGUGUUCAUUAUAUUAGUCCAAUGACUAGGGAUAAUUUUGAGGACAAUAGAAAUUUGACAGAACUGGCUCCCCAUAAAAACCCUUUGUUCAAGGAUAAACAAAAUCGCGAAGUCAUUGAUAAAAGAAAUUCCUUACCUGAAUUUAAUCAACCUAUUACAGGUGAUUUAAGCGAAGAUAACAAAUUCCAUAAUCAGAGAUUUUCAUAUGAUGCUAAUAGACAGAUACCUUCCACAGAUCCUGGUCAUUUAAUGAGUUCUUUUUCACAAUCGCAUGAUACAAAGAAUAGUUCAGAAUUGAAAGGUAACUCAAAAAAACCAUCUAAACCCGUUUCAAAUGAAGAAUUUGAUGAAUUUCUUAGAAUACCGAUCCAAACAACCCACACUCGUCGGGAUACCGGAUUCGGUUUAAGAUCUCAAGACAACCUUUUACCUUCACAAUAUAUUAAUCCGAAGCAAGAUAACUCGGUUGACGACACACAUCGUGACGUUAGAUAUGGGUUGAGUCCUCAAGUUAACCUUCAAAGCAAUACAAAUAAGCAAGAAACUCGUCGGGACACCGG